AUGUUGAAGAAUAAUCGGGACCUGGUUGUGGUUUUGUUGCUCUUCAUUUCUUUGGAUAAGGUGGUCUUGACUCACGACGAUGGAACUCUCACAGGGCGAAUUCAAUUUGAUCCUCACACUGGAUGGCGUACUAAUUUUUCGGUUACGGUUAUCGAAAUCAAACCUGGUGUAAAUACGCUGAAUAGCAUCAAAGAGCGAUUUCAAUGGGCUCAAGGGAAAGGAUUCCUGCUUGGAGAGGAGAGAACCUUUCACGAGAAUAGACCUAACAAAAGCGCCAUUCGAAAAGGCAUUCUCGCGAACAAGCCAUGGAAAUUGAAAUUGAACGUCGUCACUGUGCUG